GAGUUCUAUGUCAAAUAUGAAAUUUAUUUUUGUUUUUCCAGCUGCGAGAUUAGAUUUUUAAUGCCAUUGGCAAACAAACUUGUUAGAAACAAAUGCUGCUGCUGCAUAUCCCUGACAUCUGGAUGUAUAAUAGUGUCAUUCUACACUCUGUUUUUUGGAUUCCUUAACGCAGGGAUCUUGGUCGAUGAUGUCCUCUAUAGGGAAAGCGGAAAGACUGAUCCAUGGUCGAAAUGGUUUAAUAUAUGUCAUGUUGGCCUCAAUAUUCUGGCUGCUCUAAUCCUUCUAUUAUCAAUUGUGACGAAAUAUGUUAAUUUCGUGUUUGUUUGGAUGGCCAUGUUUAUCCUGCACAUGAUCGCAUAUUAUGUAGCGUUCCAUGCAAUGAUAAAUGUCCGCAUGCCAUUUUUUAACUCCGCAAUAACCGGAUCUAUAUAUGUGAUUUGCAUGUGCCUCACUCUGGGCAUCGAUUUUUUUUGCUUGUACACAGUCUACUGUUAUUAUUUUGUGACGACUCAUCCGGACGACUUCCGACCGCGCUGUGUUGAUAAAUAGGUGAGGCUGGGACCCAAAAAAAGGACAUCCUAGUUACUUAACCAAAUGGAUAUGUAAAUUAACAUUAUCCUUGUCCAAUAAAGAGUGUAAUGCCAAUGCGGAGUUAACG